GCCCGGUUCAGUGUAAUAUAACUCCCUCAUUGAUUGUCGCUCGGGAAAGAAGCUGGGUUGGGUCCACGGAAUGUCAUACAGAGACAGUUUUCUGCAACUGCAACACGCAUUUCUUUAGCUUUUUCAUAUUAACAUAAGCUUGAGGUACAUGCAUCGCUUAUUUUUAACAAGUAGUUAGCUAGUGCCGAUGGUUUGAACCAAUUUAAAACAGAGUCAGUAACCUAGCAAGAUCGUGCAUUCAUUUUCGACGAAAGCAAAACGAGUGCGAAUGACGAGAACGCAUUAGCUAAACUAGUUUUCAAUAGGUUUUCAACCUACCUAGCUAGCUGAAAUAUAACCAGACAUGGACGACAAGUCAUUUACUAAGGAAUUGGAUGGGUGGAUUGAGCAACUCGGCGAAUGCAAGCAGCUCUCGGAAAACCAAGUGAAAGCCCUUUGCGAGAAGGCCAAAGAGAUCCUGACGAAGGAGUCUAAUGUGCAGGAGGUGAGAUGUCCAGUCACCGUGUGCGGAGAUGUCCACGGACAGUUCCAUGACUUGGUGGAGCUGUUUAAAAUCGGAGGGAAGUCUCCUGACACCAACUACCUUUUCAUGGGAGACUAUGUGGACAGGGGCUACUACUCUGUAGAGACAGUCAGCCUCCUGGUAUCUCUCAAGGUGAGGUACCGUGAGCGAAUCACAAUCCUUCGAGGGAACCACGAGAGCAGACAGAUCACCCAGGUGUACGGCUUCUACGACGAGUGUUUAAGGAAAUACGGAAACGCCAACGUCUGGAAGUACUUCACAGACUUAUUUGACUACCUGCCCCUCACUGCCCUGGUAGAUAACCAGAUCUUCUGUCUCCACGGUGGACUGUCCCCCUCUAUAGACACACUGGAACACAUCAGAGCGCUGGAUCGCUUACAGGAAGUUCCUCAUGAGGGUCCGAUGUGUGACCUGCUGUGGUCAGACCCCGAUGACCGUGGCGGCUGGGGCAUCUCUCCCCGCGGUGCCGGCUACACCUUUGGACAGGACAUCUCAGAGACCUUCAACCAUGCUAACGGACUCACCCUGGUCUCCAGAGCUCACCAGCUUGUCAUGGAGGGUUAUAACUGGUGCCAUGAUGUACCUCUGGUUUCCUGAGUGUUUGUUUUGACAGGGUUAUAACUGGUGCCAUGAUGUACCUGGUUUCCUGAGUGUUUGUUUUGACAGGGUUAUAACUGGUGCCAUGAUGUACCUCUGGUUUCCUGAGUGUUUGUUUUUGACAGGGUUAUAACUGGUGCCAUGAUGUACCUCUGGUUUCCUGAGUGUUUGUUUUGACAGGGUUAUAACUGGUGCCAUGAUGUACCUCUGGUUUCCUGAGUGUUUGUUUUUGACAGGGUUAUAACUGGUGCCAUGAUGUACCUCUGGUUUACUGAGUGUUUGUUUUGACAGGGUUAUAACUGGUGCCAUGAUGUACCUCUGGUUUCCUGAGUGUUUGUUUUUGACAGGGUUAUAACUGGUGCCAUGAUGUACCUCUGGUUUACUGAGUUUGUUUU